CUUCACUAAAAUUGGACAAGUUAAUGUCACUCGAUCUGUUAAUUUAAUGUUUGUGUGGAUUUAUUUGUUUAAACAAACAAGAGUGAUGAUAAUAUCUUAGUCAGGAAAUGUUAAAAAGUGAGAAUCAUAAAACUGGAACAUCUCUUCUGGCCUUUUGCAUCAGAACAGAAAAGACAAAUGGAAAACAAGACAAUUUAAUUAAACAUAUUUAUCAGAAAAUCUGUAUUUAAAAAAAGAAUACAUUGACGGUUUCUGUGGUUCCUGUUUUUAGAGGAACUUUCUGGUGAAUUGUUGAGACGCUGCUAUAAAAGCGUCUGCAGCUUCUCCAGUUCUGCAGGUUUCAGAGAUGGCAGUGAAUCUCGGUUCUGGAGGUUAUGAUAAUCCCGUCUUCAAAGCCCGAAAAGUGACAGAAGUGAAAGUUUCUUCAGGCGACAUUUAUGAAAACCUUCGGAGAGCUGGAAACUGUGAACAGCAGAAACCAAAAUCAAACUCUGACGUGACGCCCAAAGAAGCUGCUGCUAUGAUGCCGAACGUUAAAGUCCAUCUGGUUCUGGUUUCGGUGGGGAUCCUGUCCGUCCUGCUGCUGGUCAGCAUCGGGUUCUUCUCCUGGGCCGGUUGGAAAAUGAACCAACUUGAUGAAGCCUUCAAAAAACAUUCAGCAGAGAUAAAGGAUCUGGGGGAAAAAUCACAGAAUGAAACUGAGAAACUGAACCAGAAAAUCCAGUUGAUCCAGAAAUUCAACACCUUUCUGGUAAAUGGACAAUGCGACAGCAGUGAGUGUUUGCUGUGUCAGACGGGUUGGAUCUUCUUCAAUGAAUCAUGUUACUUUUUUAGUAAAAUUUCUCUGACUUGGGAUCAAAGUCGUCGGUUCUGUCAGGAUAAAUCUGCUGAUCUGAUUGUUAUUAAUAAUCUGCAGGAACAGAAAUUCAUUUAUGACAACUUGAAUUCAAACUGCUGGUUGGGGCUGUAUAAAAGUGGGAGCGACUGGUAUUGGGUUGAUAAUCGUAUCAACACACUAAAGUUCUGGAGGUUGUCUGACCCACAGUCUUCUCAUUCAUAUGCACUCAUAUAUCGAACGGGGAAUCCCACAGGUAGUUGGGCCUCAGCACCAAAUACAUACUCCUACUCCCCCCUCUGUGAGCAGAAAGCCUUCAAAGUGUCUCUAAAUUAA